CUCGUGCUUCGCUGGCGGCUGGAGUCGUCAAGGCGGGAACGACAUGGAAGUAAAGGAUGCCAAUUCUGCGCUGCUCAGUAACUACGAAGUGUUCCAGUUACUAACUGACCUGAAAGAGCAGCGUAAAGAAAGUGGAAAGAAUAAACACAGUUCUGGGCAGCAGAACUUGAAUACUAUCACCUAUGAAACAUUAAAAUACAUAUCAAAAACACCAUGCAGGCACCAGAGUCCUGAGAUUGUCAGAGAAUUUCUCACAGCGAUGAAAAGCCACAAGUUGACCAAGUAA